UCGUCGCCAGGGAGGCUGCGGCCUGCUGCUUCUGACGUCACCGCGUUUUGCGAGCACGCACAGGAGGCGGGGCCGGGCGAAUCCGUCUCCACGGUUACGGGUGACUCACAAUGGACGGUCAGGUGCCUCAGAAUCAGAUGAGAUGUUAAACAAAGGCUCGCUUGUCCUCUCAGGUGAGCAUAAAACAGGCUUAGCAAACCCGUGGCCCAUGGGCCAGAUUGUGGCCCCCGAAGCCAUUCUAUGUGGCCCCCCGGAGCAGCUGUUCAAAAUGUCAGGAAGACAGCUAACUAAGGAAGUCGAGGAUGAUAUCAAAUUGAAAGAAACCACGUACAAUUCUGUGAAGGCCAGAAAACUGGGAAAAUUUUUGGAAACCAGCAAAGGGUGGAGAACAGAAGAAGGGAGCCUGGCAAAUCUUGGCACUGAAUCCUACCCUGGGCUCUCCUGACCACACGGUUCGAAGGGAUUCUGGCAGCAAGCAGAAGACAGGCAGCAGGAGCAGUCCAGGACUUCCUGGAUCUGUGGUUCACGACAUUCGCUCUCCAGGCACUAGGAUAUCAGUAUCUAAAAAAAAUACAGCUUCACAUUCGGAACACUCGCCCUUUUUGGAAGUUCCUUGUCACCGAAGACGUGGUGGACUGUGUACAUUACAGAUGGACCCAGAACGCAGGCGAGCAUUAAGGGGAACCAGACUGGUGCCUGGGCUGUUUGAAUGUGGAUUACUUUUGUGUUGGGGAGCAGUUCCCUUGACUACCCUUGCAGUCUCAGGAAUCGUUGGAGAAAGUGCCCUCCUGUCUUGUGUAGAUAGCGCUGUGGGAAAACAGGCUAAUGAUGAGAUCCGUGUGUACUGGCAGAGGGUUGGCCAGUUCGUCCAUGCCUUCUACUCAGGGAAAGAACAUGCUAACCACAAUUACAGCAACAGAGCCAAACUUUUUACAAAGGAAUUCCAACAGGGCAACUUUUCCCUCCUCCUGUCUGACCUCCAAGUGAGUGACGAUGCUGAAUACACUUGUAUAAUUCAGAUGAAACAGCCGACAGAGUACAACGUGGUUCUAACUAUUCCAGUCACAUUGCAGGUAGCAGCCCAUUAUACAGAGCCAGUGUUGACUGCAGAACCUGAGCAGAGAGACCUGGAUCAUGGAGAGCUUGUGAGGGUGAUUUGCUCCUCAUGGGGUGGUUAUCCAGAACCAGUUGUACACUGGACUAUUAUGAACAUCUUUAAUGAAAGCAGGACAGUCAAGAAUCACAUUAGUUGUUCUGGAAAGGAAUUGUGCAACAUCACCUCCACCCUCUGGAUCCAAGCGAAAUCAAACUUCGUUACCCUUCGUUGCUCUAUAUACAACGCCAAGCUCCAGGAGAAUAAAACUGCAACCUUAUCUUGGAAUUUCUCUAAUGAAUGCUAUAGGGAGGCCAUCGUCCCUGUUAGUGAUGUACAUCACAGAUGGAUUAUACCAGUCGUCUUAGUUAUACUAAUCAUUGUAUGUUCACUGGCGGCUUACAUUUUACUGAAGUUCAGAUCUUUACUGAGUGCUUGUACUUUUUUUUUAGCAGGUAAUGUGGCUGGAGAACAGUACGAACUGGCUUCAUAUAACUUCUCAGGUGCUGAAGUUGAGGCCCAAGAAAAGAUGCCACAUUCAGGCCAAGGUAGUGUUGAAAUUCAACUGUUAACGGAAGGAUUAGAGAUGAAGAACCUAAAGGAGAAAGACUGAAACAUGAGGAAUGACCUGUGGACAACGAGUGCAAAUGCAAUAAUAUACUCCUUGUGUACCUUUGACUUAUUUGGUAUACGUUUCAUCUGAUUGCUUAGAGUGAAUAUGCUCUAAACUCCAUGUAGAUAAAACUUUGCUACGAAUUGUUUAACAUAAUGUUUUCUCCUUUUUGAAGCUGAAACCUUGGGCAGGUGGAAUAGGUGCUAAACCGGAACAUUUUCUAAACAGUGAGAAAAUGGAGAUUGUAAAGAAACAGAGAGAUGUAGGAGUCCAAAUAUAAAAUUACUAAAAGCUAGAACGCAGAUACAAUGAAGAAUUAAACAGGCUAAUGAAAUGAGCCUGUAGCUCGGGGGGACUGGAACACAGAGGGGUAGAUGUUCUGUUCUAGUUUUGAUUAGAUUCCAUUUAGAAUAUUGUGUUUAGUUCUGGGUACUGUACCUCAGGAAAUAUAUAUUAGCCUUGGGGGGACAAGGCCUGUGAGAGGGGGGUGCACAAGGUGCAAAGCACUGGGGGUCCUGGAUUCACUUCCCAAAACAACAGCAAUCAUUGGCCUGUUGUUCGGGGUGGUCUCCAUUGCCGGAUUGGCUGUCUUGGACACUGACAGGACAACAGAAAUCAUUGGUCAAGAUGAUGAUGUCAGAUUCUUUUCCUGCUUACCUGGUGUGAUGAGGAGAGUGCAGUUUGUUGGGCAUUAGUGGCAGGUUGUUGUUGUUGUAGAGGUGGAGAACAUGGCAGGCACUUCCUUAGACCUGGGGCACAAGGUAAACAAGGUAAAAUACCUGCCUCUGCCCAGAAACAGGAGAAGCAGCAGGGCCCGUGAUCUCUCUCCCUGUCCAUGUGGAGGGGAUGAAGUGCAAAUUCACCAGAAUGAUACUGGGAUGAAAAGGGUUAAAUCAUCAGGAGAGGAUGCAUGGAAUAGACUGUCUUUCUUUGAAUUGUGACAUUAAGUUGAUUAAAGGGCUUGAGAGGGUAAAAAAAGCAGUAAUUUCCUCUGGUGGGGGGAUUCCAGAACCUUAAAAUUGGAACGAGGCUGUCCUGUCUGAUCUCAGGAAGCACUUCCUUGUAUAGAGGCUAGUGGAAAUCUGGAGCA